AUGUCUAUCCUAAAGAUAGUCGAGGAUCGGCCGACGCCCAAGGCCGUCUACAACUGGAGGGUUUACCUCCUGGCUGCUGUGGCAUCAUGCACCUCGUGCAUGAUCGGUUAUGACAGUGCCUUUAUCGGCACAACCCUGGCUCUGGACUCGUUCAAGAGUGAGUUCCAUUUCGACACCAUGGGCACCGGAGAGAAGAACUUGAUCAGCGCCAAUAUCGUGUCCUGCUACCAAGCUGGUGCUUUCUUUGGCGCCUUCUUCGCGUACCCCAUUGGUCACUUCUGGGGCCGUCGUAUAGGCCUGAUUUCUGCUGCUCUGAUCUUCAUUCUUGGUGCUGGUCUCAUGUUGGGUGCCAACGGCGCCCGUGGUUUGGGUCUGAUCUACGCUGGUCGUGUCCUGGCUGGUCUUGGCGUCGGUGCCGGUUCCAAUAUUACCCCUAUUUAUAUCUCUGAACUGGCACCCCCUGCUAUUCGAGGUCGCCUGGUCGGUGUCUACGAACUUGGAUGGCAGAUUGGUGGUCUUGUGGGUUUCUGGAUCAACUAUGGUGUCUCCGAGACCAUGGCUCCCAGCCACAAGCAAUGGUUGAUCCCCUUCGCCGUCCAGCUGAUCCCCGCGGGUCUCCUGCUCAUCGGUAGUGCCUUCAUCCGCGAGUCUCCCCGUUGGCUGUUCUCCCGUGGCCGCCGCGAGGACGCCAUCAAGAACCUGUGCUGGAUCCGUCAAUUGCCCGAGGAUGAUAUCUACAUGAUCGAGGAGAUCGGCGCCAUCGACCAGGCCCUGGAGGAGCAGCGCUCCACCAUCGGCAUUGGCUUCUGGAAGCCCUUCAAGGCUGCCGGCACCAACAAGCGUGUUAUGUGGCGUCUAUUCCUGGGCAGCAUGCUCUUCUUCUGGCAGAAUGGCUCGGGGAUUAACGCUAUAAAUUACUAUUCACCUACUGUUUUCAAGAGUAUUGGCGUUACUGGUACCAACACUAGUCUUUUGACCACCGGUAUCUUCGGUGUUGUCAAGACCGUCGUUACCUUCAUUUGGCUGCUGUAUCUCAUUGACCACGUCGGUCGCCGUAACCUGCUCUUGAUCGGUGCUGUUGGCGGUUCCAUCUGCCUGUGGAUCGUUGGUGCGUACAUCAAGAUUGCCGAGCCAGCCGCUCACCCCAAGACCACCAUGGAUGGCGGUGGUAUUGCUGCCAUGUUCUUCUUCUACCUGUGGACCGUCUUCUAUACCCCUACCUGGAACGGUACUCCCUGGGUUCUCAACUCGGAAAUGUUCGACACAAACAUGCGUUCCCUGGCCCAGGCCUGUGCCGCCGCCUCCAACUGGCUGUGGAACUUCCUCAUCUCGCGCUUCACCCCGCAGAUGUUCACCACCAUGGGCUAUGGCGUGUACUUCUUCUUCGCGUCGCUGAUGAUCUGCUCCGUCUUCUUUGUCUUCUUCCUCAUCCCCGAGACCAAGGGUAUUCCUCUCGAGAGCAUGGACCGUCUGUUCGAGAUCAAGCCUAUCUGGCGUGCUCACGGGCAGAUCGUUGCCACUCUGCGCGAGGACGAGGAGCGUUUCCGUCAUGACAUUGAAGAGUCGGGUCUCGCUGAGGCUAAGCUGAAUGCCGUGCAGGUUGAGGAUACUGCGCAGCAGCCCAAGACUUCGUAUGCUUGA